UUCUGCACGGGGCUUUCGUUCCUGCCAGGGUCGGGCACUGGGCAUGCUCUGCGGCGCCGCAGGUUUUGGUCACAAGUAGGAAGCGGCUUGUGCACGACAACCGGCAAAGGGGAGAGGUUGCUGUUGCAGCCCCCGACGUCUGGACACGGGACUGCUUGGAGCGGCUGCCGCGGCUGGAGGAGGAGGUGGGCAAGGCGUAAGGAAGCCACCGAGGAAAGCUAAGGAAGAAGAGAGGCAUCCUGCCCCUGAGCCUGCCCUUCUCCCUCCUUCCCGUGGGUGGCCGGACGCCGGGGUCCCAUCACCUGGCCGGGAGGGGAGCCCGGGCCCGGAGAGCGGAGCGGCAGCCCCAGCGUCCAGGAGCCGCCCGGCGAGGCGUCCGCUCUGCGUCCCUGCCCUGAUCGGCAGCCGCAGCCCGGGAGGAGGAGGAGGAGGCGGCGGCAGCACCGGGGGCAGCCAUGGGACUUCUGUCCCAGGGCUCGCCGCUUAGCUGGGAAGAGACCAAGCGCCACGCGGACCAUGUGCGGAGGCACGGGAUCCUCCAGUUUCUGCAUAUUUACCACGCCGUCAAGGAGCGGCACAAAGACGUGCUCAAGUGGGGCGAUGAGGUGGAAUACAUGUUGGUAGCUUUUGAUCACCAAAAUAAAAAAGUACGUGUGGUCCUGAAAGGAGAGGAAGUCCUUGAAGCGUUACAAGAAAAAGGGGAAAGAAAAAACCCAAACCAUCCAACACUUUGGAGACCAGAAUAUGGAAGCUAUAUGAUUGAAGGGACACCAGGACAGCCAUAUGGAGGAACAAUGUCAGAAUUUAACACAGUCGAAGACAACAUGAGAAAACGUAGGCAGGAGGCUUCAUCUCUUUUAAAAGAAAAUGAGGCUUUAUGCACUAUAACGUCAUUUCCCAGAUUAGGCUGUCCUGGGUUUACGCUACCUGACUGCAAACCUACCCCCGUUGAAGGAGGUGCUUCAAAGUCCCUGUUCUUUCCAGAUGAGGCAAUCAACAAACAUCCCAGAUUCAGUACCUUAACAAGGAAUAUCCGACACAGGAGAGGAGAAAAAGUUGUUAUCAAUGUACCAAUCUUUAAGGACAAGAAUACGCCGUUUCCAUUCAUAGAAACGUUUCCCCAGGACGAUGAAGCUGCCCAAGCCGCUCAGCCAAAUCAUAUUUACAUGGAUGCGAUGGGAUUUGGGAUGGGCAACUGCUGCCUCCAGGUGACAUUCCAGGCUUGUAGUAUAUCUGAAGCCAGAUACCUCUACGAUCAGCUGGCUACUAUUUGUCCAAUUGUAAUGGCUUUGAGUGCUUCAUCUCCUUUCUACCGAGGCUAUGUUUCAGAUAUUGAUUGUCGCUGGGGAGUGAUAUCUGCAUCUGUAGAUGAUAGAACUCGGGAGGAGAGAGGAUUGGAGCCUCUGAAGAACAACAGCUAUAGGAUUAGCAAAUCUCGAUAUGAUUCUAUAGACAGUUAUCUCUCUAAGUGUGGUGAAAAAUACAAUGACAUUGAUUUGACAAAAGAUAAAGAAAUCUAUGAACGUCUAUUAAAGGAAGGUAUUGACCAUCUCCUGGCCCAGCACAUUGCCCACCUCUUUAUUCGAGACCCGCUGACUCUGUUUGAAGAGAAGAUACACCUAGAUGAUGCUAAUGAAUCUGACCAUUUUGAGAAUAUUCAGUCUACAAAUUGGCAGACCAUGAGAUUUAAGCCUCCUCCUCCAAAUUCAGAUAUUGGAUGGAGAGUAGAAUUCAGGCCCAUGGAGGUUCAAUUAACAGACUUUGAGAACUCUGCCUAUGUGGUGUUUGUAGUCCUGCUAACCAGAGUAAUCCUUUCAUACACAUUGGAUUUUCUCAUUCCUCUGUCAAAGGUUGAUGAAAACAUGAAAGUGGCUCAGAAACGAGAUGCUGUCUUACAUGGGCUGUUUUAUUUCAGGAAAGAUAUUUGCAAAGGUGGCACUGCUGUGGUAGAUGGUUGUAGUACAGCCCAGAAUGGUACUGAGACAGACACUGAAGAAUUCACAUUGAUGAGCAUAGAUACAAUCAUCAAUGGGAAGGAAGGUGUUUUUCCUGGAUUGAUACCAAUCCUAAACUCUUACCUGGAAAAUAUGGAAGUAGAUGUAGACACAAGAUGCAGCAUACUUAAUUACUUGAAGCUAAUUAAGAAGAGAGCAUCAGGAGAACUGAUGACAGCUGCUCGAUGGAUGAGGGAGUUUGUUGCAAAGCAUCCUGACUACAAGCAAGACAGUGUCAUCACUGAUGAAAUCAAUUACAGCCUUCUUUUGGAAUGUAACAAGAUUGCAAAUGAAUUAAGUGAAUGCCCCGAGUUGCUUGGCUCAGGAUAUAAGAAAGCAAAAUACAGUGGAAAUAAAACUGGCUCUUCUAGUUAGGUAUUUUGUUGCCUGUCCCCACCCCACCCCACCCCCAGCUAAAAAGAGUAGAACAUCUGAGUUACGUUAUUUGAGAAUUAGCUGCAGGACCAUGACCAUUGGCAUGGUGUGAAGACCAAAAUAAUGGUACUGUGCCCUCAGAUGGGCCAGUGAGCCUGAAAUUCACUUAAAGACUUCCCAGGUGGAUAUAGAGUUUAUAUAGUACACGUGUACAUAGUGAAAUAUUUUUAUGAUCAACAGUGUAUUUUAAUAACAUUAUAUCUAAAGUCUUUGUGAACUGGCUUGUACAUUUUUUUAAAAAUCCUUACUCUGGGAGGAGCUGCUGUCCAAACCAGUUUUGUAAAUGUAAUGUACUGGUAUCCAUACAUUAUACGUGCAUUCCAGAGGUUGAGAUGUUUACUGUACAUUUUAUUGUUGCUCUAAAGGAUCUACCUUGUUCUAAAAAAAAAAAGAGAGAGAAGCAAACAAAUUUCAUCCUUAGGCCCUGAUUCACUAAAAUUUCCCUUAUGUCACUUUAACGAAGUCCAGACUUCCCCUUCUUGAUUGAUUUUGAAUCAGCUCAUUGAAUCAUUUUUAUAACUCCAAAAGGUUUUUACUUUGUAAUCUUUGCUUUCUAGCACCUUAUGUACUGUGCUUCUUUUUAAAGGGAAACAGUGAAGGCAGGUGGUCACCUUUGACCCAGAGUUUUGAGACUAAAUAAAAUCCUGCUGUGGUCUAAUGGUAUUCGUAAAGCCAAUCAUUAAAGACUUCACAGAUUGGAAUUACAUAGACAAAAGGGUAUCAACUUAGUUUUUUCUGGGUAAUAAAACUUCCUUUAAAAAUUAUCCUCAAGCUUUUUUUUUCUUUUUCUGUUUUCUAUAAACAAAUAUUAAAAGGACUGGAAUUUAAAGUUGGGGCUGCCAAAUAAUUCUGCACCUGAAAAGGCUUGGAUUUUUUGCUCUGGGUGCCCACCUUCACUUAUUUCUUUCUAUAGAUUUGCCAAUCAAAUAAAGCAUACAGUCCAACUGAAGGCCCAGAAUUCAUCAUUUGUCACUGUAGUCCUUGAACUCUUGUCUCUUCCUCCCUCCCCCAAUUCUGAAUAGCCCCAUUUUCCAGUAAGCAUGUAAACAAAGCUUUGCCUUCUAAAAGCCAUUUGCCCCACAUUUUAGCUGGGGAAACACAUAACUAUGCACUGCUUACUUUCUAGAGGAAACUUCAAAGGAAAUCAUGGAAUGCACUAAGUUUGUGAAUCAGGACCCUACAUGUUCAAUUGUAAAUAAUGAAAAUUUAAGAUAAUUGCUAGUUGUCACUAGUUUGUGGGGAUUUAAAAAAAAGACAUAGUUAAAAUUCAUAAUUGCUUCUAAAAAUGACAAUGUAUUGUAGAUGAUGCAAAUCUUAAUACAAGCGUAACUAUUUAAGUCAUAAAGCUAAUUUUAAAAGGAAUUAUAGUGACGCUGCUCCUGGUAAAAGCUGUUUAUAUAUAAAUAUUUGAAUCUGUGCUCUAUCCAUAGCUUGUAAUGUAGAGAAUUAACAGUUCUCAUUUUCUUUUGCAACUGGCUUGUGCUAAUCAGGUUGUAAAUGACAGAUAAGUUUGUGGUACAAGAAAAUAAAUAAAAAAUGGAAUUUGCAUAA